AUGCCGACAACUUGCGCCGCUCCUGUUUUUCAACUCACUCGAGAGCUCGGUCACAAAUCCGACGGAAAUAAUCUGAAGGAUACCCCACCAGAUCUUUCAGCAUUGAGAAGCUUGGAGAUUCUUGAUUUGUCUUUUAACUAUUUCUCUGGUGGAUUCCCAAAUUGGUUUCGCAGGGCCUUGUCCAUUUUUGGACUUAAAGCCCUUGAAACAUUAGAUUCGUCUACCAACAGUCUCUCAGGUGAGAUCCCAACAGCGAUUUCAAAUUUGCAGCGUCUCAACAAGAUCGAGCUCUUUAUGAACAAUUUCACUGAAGAUAUCCCACCUGAGCUUGCAAAGCUCACACUUCUGCGUGAAUUUGACAUUUCUAAGAACCAGAUGUCUGGAGAAAUUCCUGCUGAGAUCGGUAAUCUGAAGAAUUUGGUGGUCUUCCAAUUAUAUGAAAACUAUUUCACAGGAGAACUCCCUUCUGGGUUUGGGGAUUUGCAGCAUCUGGAGGCCUUUUCUAUCUACAGAAACAACUUGGAUGGUUACUAA